AUGUCUAACCUCGACUGGGAGACCACGACCAAGAUCGGCAGCCGUGUCCGCGGCGGCGCUUCUGAGCGCGAGAGCGUCGUCCGCGGUCGGAGCGCCCUCAACGCCGCCCAGCGCAGCGGCGCCGUCAUCGGCACCGAGAAGAAGUACGCCACCGGCAAUGCUGCCGCGAGACCCGCCGUCGAGGGCCAGCACCUGACCAAGGUCGACCGGUCCGACGACAUCGUCAAGCCCAAGACGGUCGGCAAGCAGGUCGGCGACGUCAUCUCGGCGGCGCGGCAAAAGAUGGAGCCCAAGAUGACGCAGAAGGACCUGGCCACCAAGUGCAACACGACGCCCACCGUCGUCGCCGACUUUGAGCGCGGCACCGCCGCCCCCGACCAGAAGGUGCUGUCGGCCAUGGAGCGCGUCCUCAACGUCAAGCUGCGUGGCAGCGACAUUGGCAAGCCCAAGUUUGAGAAGAAGGGCAAAUAA